AUGGCAAAAUCAAAAAAUCAUACAAAUCAUAACCAAAACAAAAAAGCGCAUAAAAAUGGUAUCCAUCGACCAAAAGUUCAUCGGUAUUUAUCAAUGAAACAUUUGGAUUUAAAGUUUCGAUUAAAUUGUAAAUAUGCUAUGCGUGGAACGCAAAGGGUAUUGAAAGAAAAAAGAGAAUCGAAAAUUAUUUAA